UCGGUUUUACUUGAUGUAAGCAGCGUACGAGAGAACUUCUUGUUAGAUUUAAGGUGGCUAGCUACGCGUGUAUAAUCGGGUCUAUUUAAAAAAAAAAAUAAAGUAAAAUUAUAUAUUGCAAUUAACACUAAUAUUUGGAGUACAAAGUUCUCAGUUGUAAACUGCUUCUGAUUAGACCUUUAUCUCGAGGAUAUAAAACAACCAUGGACUUUGGUCAAGUACCAUUUUUGUUUUAGAUUGUCAUGGAUCUGCAAAUACAUACGCAUAAUAAUAUAUUAUAAUAUAUAUGAACUUUUUGCACCCACGGGGAAUAGCUGCUUAUUCGUCAAAAUCGACGCACGAAUACUAAGAAUGACAUUUUACUAAGAACGAAGCACCGUUAUGUUUUCCUUGUAAAUCCUGCAUUUCUUCGUGGUAUGAGGAACUCGGCAUUUCUCCAGCAUGAAGUAUUAGUUGGCAUUCAUUAAGAAUAUUUCUCUGGCUGCCACGGCUAAGAGCUCGGGCAACAUUUUUUAAAUGGAAUAUAAGACAACGAAUCUAUUUCUACUGCUCGAGAAUGAAGAUAAGAUGUUCUUCUCUAUUAAAACUUCUUAAAAAAAUAUUUAUUUUCUUCAUAUUUCUGUUGCUUAUAUAUUUAUUUAAAUCUCAGUACAUAAAAGGAACUUUGAGAGACAGCCUUUUCAUUGAGCCCUAUGGGAGCUUCUCCAAAAUUUUGCCCAAGUACGAUAUUGACUGUGAGGCAGUUUAUGAGUUGGACCCAGUGGAAAUUGGAAAAACCUUAGAAAUAAGAAGGAAAAAUAUUGUUGAUCUGGAGGAUGAUGAUAUUGCAGCUUUGACCUCAGACUGUGAGAAAUUCUCCAAAGCCAGAGGAUAUGCAUCUCACCCCACUUCUGAGGAGGAGCAUCAGUUUCCUUUGGCCUACUCCUUAGUUGUACACAAGCGUGCUUCAAUGGUGGAGAGGAUCUUGCGGGCAAUCUACAUGCCUCAGAAUGUUUACUGCAUUCAUUAUGACAAGAAAUCCUCCAAAGAAUUUACUGAAGCUGUGAAGAAUAUCGCCAAGUGUUUCCCUAACGUCUUCAUUGCAUCAAAGCAAGAGUCCGUGCAGUACGCGGAUAUCACAAGGCUCAGGGCUGAUCUUAACUGUCUGUCAGACCUUCUCAGGUCUCCGGUCAAGUGGAGAUAUGUUAUAAACUUGUGCGGCCAGGACUUCCCUCUCAGGUCCAACUUCGAGCUGGUGACAGAGCUGAAAGGCCUCCAAGGAGCCAACAUGCUGGAGUCCAGCAAGCCCAGCAACUUGAAAAAGCUUCGUUUCCAGUUCCAGCAUGUGCUUAAAGACGUACCCUAUGAGUACCAUAAGCUGCCCGUGCGGACCACACAAGCCAAGGAGAUGCCGCCAUAUAAUAUUGAGGUUUUCAGUGGGAGUGCCUACUUCGUCCUGUCACGCGAGUUUGUGAAUUACACUCAUGGGAACCGAAUGGUGGAAGACUUCUUGACCUGGUCGGCAGAUACCUACUCCCCCGAUGAACAUUACUGGGCCACUUUGGUGCGGGUGCCUGGUGUGCCAGGUGAGAUCCCCAGGUCCAGGCCUGACAUCACGGACCUAAUGAGCAAGACGCGACUGGUGAAAUGGAACUAUCUGGAAGGCUCCCUGUACCCAGCGUGCACUGGUGUUCACAUUCGCAGUGUCUGCAUAUAUGGAGCAGCAGAGCUGCGCUGGCUCCUGAAUUAUGGCCACUGGUUUGCAAACAAGGUGGACCCCAAGGUGGAUCCUGUGUUAAUUAAAUGUCUAGAGGAACGACUUAUAGCGCAGCAAAAAAAACUAACAAAGCAGACUUUGAUUGGAACAAACGUACUGUAAGAUGCAUAGUGUUUUGCCAGUAUCCUGCUGGCCUAUUUCAUGUCCAUUGAACUCCAGGUUAGAUUAUAGCUUUGAUCCACCAAUAUACCAAAAAGACGUCCAGUUUUCUAAUACUAAUAAUGCUUUGGCUAAAAUGGGUGGUUUGUAGUUUCUGACUGAGAUGUUUUUAAAAAAGAUCCAAAGCAAAGUGGGAGAGGUAUCACAGAAGAAGCUAUAUCACAAUGCACAAUAACGUGUGCAAGGUUUGCGGAUAUAAAUUUCUAUCAUUGGUGUAAACUUGAUUUUAAUUAAUCCAUUAAUUAUUAACAUUUUCUAUUUGAGACUGAUAUUUUGCCUUUCAAAGUAUCUGACUGAAUCAAAGAAUUAAUGGCAUUUGAAAAUUUAAAGUUACUUUCAUAAGGGAAAAUUUACCUAGCUAGAAAUGUUUGGCAGUUUUUAGAAAAUUUUACAAAAAUGUCAGUGAGACACCAGGUUGCCUUUGCAAUGAUAGAAAAAAAGUGGAAGAUUUAGUUUCCAAUACUCCAUUUUCAAAAAAGUUCAAAACUGUUUAUUUUCUAAUAUAUUUUUAUUGACAAUUAAAUGGAAGAAAUAUUGAAAUGGUGAAACAGUCAAUGACUGAAGACUGCAAAUCAUGUUUACAAUAAAACUUAGAAAAAUAAGGAA